AUGAAUCCUAAAAUGACCCCUCAGGAGCUACGAGAAUUUCAGGAGUGGAAAGACUUGAAAGAGUUCAGACAAUUCAAAGCUGCUAAAGACAAAGCUACCAAUCCUCAGCUUGGUGAUCAAUCAAUAAUCGCUGCUUCCCAUCGCCGCCCUAUCCCUUCAACACGAGCUCCACUUGCUGCUCCUGUCUUCGAUAGCUCUGAUGAAGAGCCCCCUCAUCAACUUUCCCCAGCAUCUACCACGAAAACCCCUUCAGCCAUCAGUGAUACCUCUCUAUCUCAUCAAAGUGGACAAUUUUCUAUCCCAUCUUCGAACGCGUAUAUCAAGGGUGCUUUGACUCAGCACUCAACAGCCGAUUUCAUGCGCAAGGGUCAACAUCAGAACUCUCCUGCUCAGUCUCAUCCUGGUCUACCUUUACAACCCCGCCGCUCCCAAGGAGCGGUUGGAAAUAAAACAAUUCACAAGACCAAGCAAUCUCCAAUGGUGAAGCAAAAACCAUUCGGCACUGCCUCAACUAAAGCGUCAUCAGUUAAAGCUACAUCUGAAGAUACUCAGAAGAAGGCUAUCCUCCUUGGCAGCGAAGCCAGGGUUACCCUUCUGCCAGAUCAUAGAUUUCUUACGGUGGAUCUUGCUGAACACCCUUUGAAAGAGCUUCGGGAAUUCCUCGAGGAGCGAAACCAUAUGCAACAUCCUUGCAUCCGUGCAAAUGAUUCAGUGAGUGCUAUAAAGACCAAAUUGGACAAAGAGUUCAAGGGCCUUGUUGAUACAUUCAUGAAUGAAUACGCCUGGGUCGUCUUAAAUGAGAAUCGCUUGACGUUUCGCAUUUAUAAAGGCGUAGAGGAGACUGAACCGUCUCAGCUUCUUAUGGCCUACAAAUCGAAGAAAGAAGCAUUCUUGGUCAUCAAGGAUUCCAAUUAUAGAGAUAAUCUGUGGGAAGAAUACCUUGAAAGCUAUGGGGAGGAAAGCACGAUCGACAGGGAAGAACCAGCAAAGGUGAAGAAUGCUGUUCAAAGAACCAAGGGUGGGAUCCAAACGGGGGAGAUGAGAUCCUCCGUUCCUCAUCAAGAUAAAAGAAAGGUCUCGAGUUCAGUCAACCACUCAAGCCCCAUUUCUGCUUCGAUUCCCUAUUCCGAUGAAGAGGUCAAGCCUGAUCUCACCUUUCUCGAUUCCGCCCGACAUCAACCCACGGUUAAAGGAAAAGGACGACCUGAUUAUGACCUCAAUAGAGAGGCUGAGGCGUUCUUUGCAUCUUACAAUCCAACGACUCCUGAUUCCUCAGUUGAAAUUAUCUCACCAAUUCCUGGGCUGAUCAAGAAAGGAGAGCCCGUUGCUUCCUACAGAUCCCAACCUUCAAAGCGAUCAAUAUCAGGUUCGAAUCAGCCUACCUCGCCCAAGAAACCUAAAGGUCGAUCUCAAGUCAAACAUAGGAUUGAAAUUAGCCCUAUUGGGGUCCGCUCUGUGGAAAGAAAGACCAAGACCGCUCAGAAAGCGAUGGCAGAACUCAAUAUCCUAUCCAGCCCAAAGAAAUCCAAGUCUGGAGAAAGUAGCACAGCUGAUGCAGAGAUCACAAAUGAAGGUGAGGAUGAAAAUGAAGAGGAAGAUGAGGUCGAAGCAAGAGUUCAACCCCUUCACCCAGAAGUGGUAGCUCGUUAUGAGGACCAUGUUGUGGACGGCAUGAACUGUAGGACAAUUUAUAUUCCUUCACCUGUUCCUACACCCUCUCCGCCUCCGCUUACUGCGAGAAGAUCAGGUCGAACUCAGAAAUCCCGAAAAUGA